AUGGCCAAACAACGCUCUCCCCCACCAUCCCACCUCCUCCUCCUCCUCCUCCUCCUCGUAACUUGUCCCUAUCCGCCCCAUGUCCGCGCAAAUUGCAACUUCCAAGGGAGGAGCGACGACCGCCGCCGCAACUCGAAGGUGAAGGGCAUGUUCGUGUUCGGGAGCUCACUGGUGGACAACGGCAACAACAACUUCCUCGACAACAUGGCUAAAGCCAACUACUCGCCCUACGGCAUCGACUUCCCCCUCGGCCCGUCAGGCCGGUUCACCAACGGCAGGAACGUGGUCGACCUCCUCGGGGAGUACCUCGCGCUCCCCUCACUGAUCCCGCCCUUCAACGACCCCUCGACCAAGGGGCUUAAGGUAGUCCACGGCGUCGACUUCGCAUCCGGCGGCUCCGGCAUACUGGAUGACACCGGCUCGAUUGUGGGACAAGUGACGAGCCUGAGCCAACAGAUCAGGAACUUCGAGGGAUCGACGUUGCCGGAGCUGGAAGCCCAGGUGGGUUGCCGGAGCGGCGAGUUGCUGCCGGACAACUACGUGUUCUUGGUGGGGGCCGGAAGCAAUGACUACACUUACAACUACUACUUGAGCGCCAACGCCAACCUCACUCUUCAAUCCUUCACUGCCAAUCUCAUCUCCUCUCUGUCUCUGCAGCUCCAGAAGCUGCACGGAUUAGGAGGGAGGAAGUUCGUGUUGAUGGGAAUCAACCCGAUAGGGUGUAGCCCCUCGGCGAAGGCGAGGGUGCUGACGCGCAUCGGUUGCGUGCAAGUCUUGAACCGGGCGGUUCGUCUCUUCAAUGUCGAGUUGAAGUCGCUUGUGGAUGACCUGAAUGCGAAGCUACCCGAUUCUCGUUUCGUCGUCGUCAACUCUUACAAGAUCGUUAGGGACAUCAUCAAGAACCCCGCCUCCAAAGGAUUCAAUGACAGUACUACGCCGUGUUGCGAAGUGCUAUCGUUUGCGGAAGGAGGGAAUGGAGUGCUGUGCAAAACCGGGGGACGAGCGUGCGCGAACAGGAGCUCCCACGUCUUCUUCGACGGGCUGCAUCCGACGGAGGCCGUGAACGUUCAGAUAGCAACCAAGGCUUUCCUAUCUGCCCGCAGAACCGAAGUUUAUCCCAUCAAUGUCAAACGUCUCGCUGAAGCGUAGUUAUGUCAGCUUCCUUUUGUCCGCUCUUGUAUGAAGAUUUUAGUCCCCAGAUGGUUAGAAAUUUCGUGUUAAGACAGGCUGUCUUGAUGUUUUCUUGGCUUUCAAUUAGGUUUCUUCUCGUUUUCUUGGUCAGUUGGCUUUAAGUUAGUUGACUGGUUUGCUGGGGAGAGAACAGUUUGAUCAACAAUUACCAGAUCUGUUUGUCUUAAUUUUAUGAGAAAAAUCUAUGUGACAUCUCAACUCCGCAAAUCCAAAAGGUACAUCAACUGAUGCAAUCUUUUUGAGAAUGACGUAUAUGCGACACCAGUAUAUAUAAGCAUGAUUAAUAUAGAGGAAAAGCAUGC